AUGUCGACUUUCUUCUCCCUGUCCCGUGAACUCCGCGACCAAGUCUACAAAACCGUGCUCUUCACACCAUCCCCUUGUCCCUCAUCACCAGACGAUUGCCGCACUACUCAUUACAGCAUCAGAGACCCCACUGAAGGGGGCAAUCUUGGCUACAAGUGCGUUGCCUAUGCCCGGCCUCAAAUAUCCAGCUCAUCUCUCCUCAUAAACCGGCAAAUUUAUUCUGAAGCCUGCGAAAUCCUCCAUGGGGUCAUCCGCGUGAACAAGCUAGUGUACAGGCUUGAUUGCAUCGUGGAAAAUAUCGGACGGCUUUAUGCGACUCCAACUUUGAUUCCAGCGAUCACACCCAGAGUCAACCGGCUCGAAAUCACUCUCCGCUUCUUCGGCAGCUAUGAGCUUCAAAGGGGCUGCGCGGCGCUUUGGCGUUACAGUCUUGUCUGCAUGCUGAACGAGUUCCUAACGAAAGGGCCCUGGCUCCCAUUUCCACCUAAAAAUUGGAAUGAAAAGAGGAUUGACGUCGACACUAUCACUGUGGAUAUCUUGACGGUCCCAUCGGUGCCGCAAUGGAUAGCGGCGAGUUCUUUGUUAGUCAGGCCGAAUGAGGGAGGACGGAGGCCUGCGGGUCAAGAAGCGGGACUGAGGAUGGUAGAAAGAGAACUUAGCGGGGUGUUUGACACGCCGCCUAGCAUGGUGAGAGAUAAUGAGAUCUUGUGUGAACAAGUUCGCUGGAUCAGGUCGUUGGAUGAUGGGCAGCUGAGAAGGGAAUGGGACAUGCGAGAAAUUAAAUUAAAAUACGGGCUUUUGUAA